AUGGACUCAACAUACACUUCGGUCCAUGGACAACCUUCGUUUGCAUACUACGAUAACUCUACACAGCAACAAGGUCACUACACUAGCCAGCCAUCAGAAUUGCCGUGGUAUGGUCAGUCACAGUACGCGAAUCGGGGAAUGGAGCAACCAAUCUACCAGUCUCCGGCUAUGAACAUGCACCAGAUGGCCACCACCAACGCUUUCCGUGGUGCCAGCAUGAGCAUGACCCCCAUCGCCUCGCCCCAGCCUUCUCAGAUGAAGCCCUCCAUCAUCGUGCAACAAGGCUCUCCAAUCUUGAUGCCACUGGACACACGCUUCUUGAGCCAUGACAUGUACGGAUUCCCAUCUACGCCACCUCUGUCAUCCUCGGUGAGCAGCAUUAGCAGCCCUCCGUCCGCUCAUGGAACUCUGCACACCCCGAUCCACGACAGCUUCUUUGGCUUUGACAAGGUAGAGGGCGUCAAGGAGGGGUGUGAGACCGAUGUGCACACCGAGCUUCUGGCCAGUCACGAUUGGACCCGCACUGAUUCGCCUCCAAUGACACCUGUGUUCAUCCACCCGCCAUCACUUACUGCAAGCCACUCGGAUCUCCUCUCCGCCCACUCUUGCCCCUCGCUUUCCCCUUCUCCGUCUCCCGUCCCCACCGACAUUCUCUCCCAAUCCCACAGCUUGAAUGGGCACCAUGGUGCCUCUUUCUGUGACCCACGCCAACUUACGGUCGAGCCUUCGGUGAAUUUGGCCACUCCUCAGGACCUUCCUCCUCUGCCGACCCUCUCCUGCGAAGAGGACCAGCCUCGUGCCGUCGUGGGAAGUGCGUCUGUGACCCUCCCCGUCAACGAGAACCCUGCUCCGUCUUACACUUCGUCGAACGAGGACCCUUUGAGCUCCCUUCCGACCUUUGACAGCUUCUCGGACCUCGACUCGGACGAUGAGAUCAAUCGUCUGGUGGAGUUCCACCCCGCCGCCAAUGCAGUUUAUUUAGGUGACAAGCGCCAGCGGAUGCACCAAUACCUGGCCGAGGAUGACGGAUUCCUCAGCGAGCACAGCAUCGAGGACUCGGACGACAGCGAAACUUUCGUCCUUCCCAACGGUCCUCCAUCUUUCGACUGGACUGAGUCGACUCAGUCCGCCCAGUCCGAGGCCGAUGAGGAGGAGCCCAAGACCAAGAAGCGUGGCAACCGCAAGUCAUCCCGCAAGACCGUUCAUAUCGACGAAGAGAUUGAGCGCUCAAUGUCCGUGUCUCACUCCCACUCCCCUGGAGCUGACAGCUGCUGCACCGACUCGGACCCGACCCCUGUGUCGGUCAACCGCCGCGGUCGCAAGCAGUCUCUGACCGAGGAUCCGUCCAAGACUUUUGUCUGCACUCUCUGCUCGCGUCGAUUCCGUCGUCAGGAGCACCUGAAGCGCCACUACCGUUCGCUGCACACUCAGGAUAAGCCCUUCGAGUGCAACGAAUGUGGUAAGAAGUUCUCUCGCAGCGAUAACCUGGCUCAGCACGCCCGUACUCACGGUGCCGGAUCCAUGGUCAUGGGUGUCUUGGACGAGGCCUCCAUGUCGUAUGAUGACCAAGACGCCGGUGCCUUGGGGGCCGUCAUGUACGAGUCUCCGUCUACCGAGGCCAGUCCCGACCGGCGACAGGCAAAGAAGCGCAAGCGUGACUUCUAA